AUGUCGUGGCAAGGACUACACGACAUCUUUGGCACGACUCCGUGCGAUCGGAUGAUGAUGGAGGAGGUGUUGGAGUUGCUGCGUGCGGGAAGCCCCUGUGGUGAAUGUGAAGUGCCUUCCCCGGCGGCUUCUGACGAUUGCGAUGACGUUCACGACGAUCGAGUGAUGCUCAAGAAGGAUCACUUGGCUAGUGUUGAAGUGGCGAUGGAAUCAAGAACGGAUGAAGUGAUGGAAAGAGUGACCUGCGAGGAAGGGAAGUACGCGGAAAAGCAAGAGCUGGAGCCAAGCACCGCAGCACCUGAUCACGCGGGACCAACACGGCAUGCAAUGUAG